CUACCCACCAAGAACAGCCGUCUGUUGAGUCCAGAAUCCUUUACAGCCGGAUUCAUCGCUAUUCUUGUGUAGUGUUCUCGUUAGUUGUCUGCUGUUGGGGGAAAUGUGAAGCUGCUGGAAACAAGAACGCCACUGAGUAUUCCAUUCCCCGGCCUCUGGUGAGUGCUUCCCGUCUGGAGAAGACUUAUCGCAGAUGCUCUGAAUGUCCCGAUACUACCGCGAGCCUAGUAUGGAGUUCAUUGCAAGGCAUUUGCCACGCAGAGAAUGUUUCCUCAAGGUUACUUAAUGCGCCGCUCAAAGCCACCCUCCCAGGGUUCGACUCAAGGGUAUCAUUAGAAACGACAUCAGCAGCCUCAAGCGCCGAAAAAUCGCUUGAUAAGCUCAGUCGAGCAUCACUACCCCUAUAUCGACUGGUAUCAGAUGCUGAACGUCAGUAGCAAUCUUCCAUGCCAUCCGAGAUCCCCUCAUAUAGCUGGUCUGCCUCAGACGACAAGCCUAGCAUACGUUCCUGUCCUCUACAUCACCUCCCUUAUCAGCUUUGGGUUUCACACUUUACAGCCAUCAUGAAGCCGUCACUCUUUCUCGCUCCGGUGCUCUCGCUAGCUGCGGCGGCAGUGCCUGGCUGCCCUUCCUGCGGCAGAAAUAUGCUAGGCGACUCUGCUUCUGGCGCCCGUCUCGAUGGGUAUAGAGAGUUCAUCAACCUAAAAGGGCGAUCGUAUCCCCCAGGAUGGCCUCCCGCCUAUGAGGAGAACAAGGCCGCGUACGACUCCAAUUACGAAGCUAUGAAAAACGCAAAGGGUAAAGAGAAGAAGCCGCAUGGCCCUCCUGAGAUGAAGCCGAGGCCCCUUCCGCCUCCGCCUGAGCACGAGUAUCACCAUGAGCACGAGUAUCACCAUGAGCCUGAGCAUCAUCAUAAGCCAGAGCAUCAUCAUGAGCCAGAGCACCACCAUGAGCCAGAGCACCACCAUGAGCCUGAGCAUCACCAUGAGCCCGAGCAUUAUCAUGAGCCCGAGCAUCACCAUGAGCCAGAGCCCGAGCAUCAUCAUGAGCAACCAGAGCCCUGCCCAUGCCAGCACCUCCCCCAACCCAUCAAGCCGCAACCUCCCAGCCCCCCUGUGGACGGUGCUUGCCACCCUGGCACCUACGCGUGCGAAGGCUCGACGGGCUGGCAGGUAUGCGAUGUCGGUGGCCACUUUGUCGUGCGUUCCUCUGCUUUCACUCUCCCUGAACCAACAGCUAACAAGUCCACAGCACGCUGGCGUCUGCCCGCCCGACACGGUGUGCAAGUUCUACGAGGCCAGCAAGAGCCCGUACUGUGUGCCCCCGGACUUUGUGUUUGCCUAAACGAGGCGCGGAGGAGUCAAUUAGUGGUGGAUCUUAUUAUUAGGAGAGUAGACCAGACACGGAAGACAUAUUGUCAUAUAAUCAGGUUCAUUUUGUUAUAAAAAAAAAGACACGCUGUAUUCAUUCUUAUCU